UCUUUGUUGAGGAGCACAAGGUAUAAAAAUUGAGCGAAAUUGUCAUUUCUUCAUUUGAAUACGGUGACAAGGAAUGUGAUCAUGAUGUUUCUAGUAAAAUCAGUUCAAACGUUACUGUUUUUGGUUUUGUUUGUUUGUACGCACCAUGUUAACGCCGGUUCAAGCGAAGAAGAAAUGAAAAUUAUGAACAAGUGCAUCGAGGAAGCUGACGUGAAGAUGGAAGAUGUGAAGACUUUCAGAUCCGACCAGAUAACGGACAACAUGUUGUGUUUCAUGAAAUGCAGAUACGAGAGCGAAGGAGCAUUCGAUGAAAAUGGUGUUUUGGUCAAGGAGAUGAUGCAGGAAAGCUAUGACGAUUUCGGGUGGACAGACGAGCAGAGGAGCCAGUCUGACGGUUGUUUGGACAAGAUGAAACCAGUCAAGGAAUGCGAAGAUUUGAAAGAGUUUUACAAGUGUAUUCCGGUCAUAAAUUUUGGAGAAUUAUUUGAAUAAAACAUAUCUCUGAUGAACGAUGAA